CUGGACCCGCUCGCAUAAAAUGGUGGAAACUAACUGAAAACAAAGAUCACUUCAAGGAGAAAAUUGAACAGCUCGCCAUUGAUCCUGACAAGUCAGUAAUUUUGAUUUGGGCCAGUGUAACCGAACAUAUCCGAAAAACGGCCAAAGAAGUGGUAGGAGAGACCAAACCGGCAAAACGCUUUGUUGAGAAGCAAAUCUGGUGGUGGAACGAAGAAGUGCAAAGUAUCGUCAAAGAAAAGAAGACCGCUUUCAAGAAAUGAAAACAAACACCCGAAUGACAACCAUCAUUACAAAGCCUGCGAGAUCUGCCCACUACGACCAAUUAUACGCUGAUUUAGACUCGCCAGAAGGAGUGAACAAGAUCUAUCACCUAGCCAAGUCGCGAAAUCGCUCAACACAAGAUAUCGGUCAGGUCAAAUCAGCAAUCAAGAAUUUCCCCACCCGCCUAUCGAGAGUGCAGACCCGGUAUUCGGUCCCGUACAACCAAUUACAGCUGCCGAAGUGGAACGUGCAGUCAAGAACGGGAAGGCCACUGGACCAGACGACAUACCAGCCGAGGUCUGGAAGCUCCCUUGGACGUCCUGGAGCCGAACUUCUGGCAGAUCUGUUCAACAACAUCACCACCACAGGCAUAGCCCCCGAAAGACUGGACGACAAGCAUCACCGUACCAAUAUGGAAGAACAAAGGUGAUGUAGCCAAGUGCUCAAACUACCGUCCUAUCCGCCUCCUAUGCUAUGCCAUGAAGAUAUGCGAAAGAGUUAUCGACGCCUCUAUCCGCAACAUCAUCACCAUCACCCCAAACCAAUGCGGCUUUGUUAAAGGAAGUGGUACUACAGACGCCAUCCACGCGGUUCGCCUACCAUUGGAAAAACAAUGGGAAAAGAACAAGUCGGUCCAUAUGGCCAUCUUAGACCUGGAAAAGGCCUUCGACAGGGUGCCCCACGACCUCAUUUGGCACUCCUUACGAUCCCAUGAAGUCCCAGAGGCGUAUGUGGAAUGGAUCAAGCUUCUCUACAUCAACGUCACCAGCACUGUCAGAUGCGCAGCAGAACUAUCACCACCCUUCCUCAUCACAGUCGGAGUCCACCAGUGGUCUGCCCUCUCUCCUCUACUUUUCAUCCUAUGUAUAGACACCAUCAAAGCCGACCUACAACUGCCGCACCCGUGGUCCCUUCUAUUCGCUGACGACGUGUUCCUCUCAAGCAAAGACCGAGAUGAGACCCAAGGCAGCACCCAAAGUUGGAAGAAUAGGCUUGUUGAAUAUGGCCUACGACUCAACAUCCUGAAAACGGAAUACAUGGAAGGUGGCCCCCAAACCGAAGGAACCAUCAGAGUAGGCGACGAAGAACUUAAGAAGACCGAAAAAUUCCGAUACUUGGGUUCAGUUAUCAGCAGCGACGGGAGCAUCACCGCAGACAUCCGAGCAAGAAUAAAUGCAGCUUGGCUGAAGUGGAGACAAGUCACCGGCAUUCUGUGCGACAAAAGGAUGCCAGACCGCCUCAAAGGGAAGAUCUACAAGACUGUCGUCCGCCAGUGCUGGCCUGCCUCUUCCACUCAUGAGCGGACCCUCAAUACCAUGGAAAUGAAGAUGCUUCGAUGGAGCUUGGGAGUUACCAGGUGGGAUCGCAUCAUGAACGAGGACAUCCGUAAGAGGCUUGGGGUGGCACCAAUCAAAGAGAAGAUGCUUGAAUCACGACUUCGGUGGUACGGCCAUGUGGUCCGCAGCGAUGAAGACUCCGUCUCAAGAACAGGAAUGCGCAUUGAACCUACUGGACGUCGGCCAAGAGGAAGACCCAAAAAGCGUUGGAUGGACCGAAUUAAGGAAGACCUAAAGAUCGUUAGGGCCUCCCCCGAAGAUGCCCUCGACAGGACCAAAUGGAGAAAUCUUUGCCAAAGAGCGGACCCUGCGCAAGCGGGACAAGCGCCAGGAUAGAAGAAGAUUUCAGGUGAUAGAGAAGGUGAGACUGUUGGUACCGCAUGUACCUAUACCAAAUGAAUCUGUUUAGCUCAAUAGCCUGAGCUACUUUUAGUAAGUAAGUUAGGGCCAGAUGGAGUAAGUUUUAUCUGUAAAUAGCUAAAUUG